AAGGGAACCAUAACAUUGUCUUUUUUUUAUUCAUUUAUUUACAAUAAAAGAGCGAAAUUUUCCAUUAACGCUAUAAAAAUUCAAAAAGCCGAGUGGAAUAUGGUUGACCAAACCCCGCCACUGUAUGUAUAAAAGAAACAAAACGGUGACAGCUUGGAGAUUGAGCAUGGUAGCGGCUGGUCGUUAUCGCAGAGUGCUUCCUUCUCCUCCGGCGGUUGAGUUCACUUCCUCUGAAACCAAAGUACAAAAUAAAUAAAUAAAUAAAGCCCCCAACUUUAUCUCCCUCUCUCUCUCUCUCUCUCUCUCUCUCUCUCUCUCUCCCCCCGUUUCAAGUAUUAAGCUUUUUUCUGAGUCUGAGAGAUAACCAUGGCUCUGUUAAUAUGGGAUUUUCAGCCUCUUUUCACUGAAGCUCUUGCAGAUGGAACCAUGGAAGGGUUUUUCAAGCUCAUCUCUUACUAGCAGACACAACCGGAGUCUGCCUAUUGUGGGCUUGCCACACUUGCUGUGGUUCUCGACGCUCUUGCUAUUGAUCCCGGAAGGAAAUGGAAAUUUAAUUCCUGAAUUGGGACCUUGGAGAUGGCUUGAUGAUUCAGUGCUUGAUUGCUGGGAGCCUUUCGCAAAGAUCAAAGCUGAAGGGAUUACAUUUGGCAAAGUUGCUUGUUUGGCGCUUUGCAAUGGAGCUAAAGUCGAUACUUUCAGGACCAGUGAAAGACAGUUGAUAAUUUCCGCAAAGUUGCAAUUUCGUGUGCUUCUACUGACGAUUGUCACGUAAUUACAUCGUACCAUGGAGGUGUUUUUAAGCAGGCUCUGUCAGUUCAUUCAUUUUACUAUUUAGCCACUUGCUAUGAUUUUAUUUAUUUAUUUUUUGGUUCCUAUUUCAAUAUGCUUUUUAAUUAGCAAUAUAAAUUCACGCAAGCCACAAAUAUGUUAUACAUGUAUAGAUGUAUGUAUAUAUAUAUCACUAAGCUUCUGAGAA